UUUUUUUUUUUUUUUAUUUAUGACAAAAAAAGUGGAAUGUGUUAUCUAUUUAAUUGUUUUAGUUUAUUAUCAAAACAAACCAAAAAUAAUUAGUUAUUAUACUGACUGAAGAUUCUUAAAAUGAUAACACGAAGUAAAAAUAAUUUUUGAAUUUUUAAUGAUAACCCAUUUUACUUUACAAACUUUAUUUGUUUAAUUAAUAAUAUUAAUUAUUAUUAUUUUAUAAAGUAUUAAAAUUUAAAAAAAAAUGUUAUCGCGUAAGAACAAAGAUUUAAGAACAAUCAAAGAAGGCGUAGUGGGUAAAUAUGUAAAGAAAGAAACUCCACCUGAAAUGCCAAUCAUUAAUGUCUGGACGACUGAACCCAACAGAAGAAAUAGAAGACAACACAAUCAAGCAGCAAUUCCUGCGACAAUGCCAGUACCUCAGCAACCGAGUAUGGUACAAAAAUUCGGCAACACAAAAACGACGACAAGUGCAGUAGGUUUAGGAAGUCAUGAAGGAAAGUAUACACCAAAUAGCUCUGUCCCUGAUUUAGCUCAAAGAUUUGCUAGUCUAUCUGUUAAUCCUGGUGUUAUUGAAGGUGCGGUGUCAAGAACAGCUACGCCUUCAUAUCAUCCAAGAUUAUCACCAACAAUAUCAUCAUCACACACUUAUGUCAACCAGUAUGCUGGUUCAGAGUAUCAUCUUGAUCGUGUCCAGACACCACAGUUGCCUUACAUACCUUUUGAAAGUGAUGGAGCUUUUGAUGACUUCAACAAAGCUUACAAUCCUGAGUACAGUCGAGCACAUUCAGAGAGAUCGAGUUCUCGUAAUGAACAACCAGCAGAGUUGCCAUUACCGCCAGGAUGGUCAGUUGAUUUUACAUUGAGAGGAAGAAAGUAUUAUAUUGACCAUAAUACUAAAACUACUCAUUGGUCCCAUCCUCUGGAGAAAGAAGGACUACCGACUGGUUGGGAAAGAAUUGAAUCACCUGAAUAUGGUGUUUAUUAUGUCAAUCAUAUAACUAGACAAGCGCAGUAUGAACAUCCUUGUUAUCCAUCAGAACUUCAACAGCAAAUACGUGUCGUAUCACCACCCCGUCACACUCAUUUCCAUUCCCACAGUGUGUUGGUACCAGCGAAUCCCUAUUUGAAUGAAGAAAUUCCUCAUUGGCUGUAUGUGUACAGCAGAGCAUCAAUAACUCUUGACAGAAAAUUACGAUGGGAAUUAUUUCGUCUGCCAGAACUUGAUUGUUUCAAUGCGAUGCUCACUAGACUUUACAAACAAGAACUAGAGGAAGUUGUUAUGAGAUAUGAAGAAUAUCGGUCAGCGCUGCUCUGUGAAAUGGAGCAAAGAUUAAAAGAACUAAAUCCUGAGAAUGAAUCAUCAGCAGGCGCAGUAGCUUUACGUCGUUCUUUGCCUUAAUUUAAAUACUACUAUUUAAUUGUACAUAAAAAAUUAUUCAUCACUUGAUAAAUAAUAUAAUUUCAAGUAUUUAAAGUUAUAUGAAAUAUCAGUUAAAAAAUCCAAUAAUAUUUUUUAAAUAUAAAUUUAAUUUUAAAAUAAAAACAGUAUUGUAAAUUGUAAUUAUCAACUA